CAAUCGUCAAGCUAUGAUAUAAUUUGUGAGUUUGAAUUUGAUCAUUGUGAUAUUUGGUUUCUUAGAUUUGGUGUUUCUCCUGACUAUCAGCAACUUGCAACGGGAAAUCAAAUUGGUCAAAUUUAUUUAUGGGAUUUACAAGAUAUUCCAUUACUUAUUGACAAAUAUAUUGAGAAAAAAAAAUCAAAAACUACUGGAACUAAUAAAAAGGAAAAAGUGACGAUGAAAAAGAAAGGUGGAAAUGGGUCAAAUGGUGGGAAUGGAAAAAAAUCUGCGGCGAAUGUGAAUACUCAUAGUGCAAAUUCCAAUGGCAGUGCUGCAACAGCAUCUGGUUCAGGUAACAAUUCUAAUGAUAAUUUAAAACAAGAAAAGGUCGAAAAGAAAGAAUGUAAACCAUCGAUACUUGGAAUAGAACCGUGCGAUAGUACAAUAAGACAAGUUGCAUUCUCAAAAAAUAGAAAUUGGAUGGUUGCAGUCUGUGAUGAUGCGACUAUUUGGUGUUGGAAAAUGAAUAGAGAAGUACAACAAGCUGGAAAUAGUAGAUAUGACCCAAUGAUUAUAGAUGACUAA